GCAGACUAAGACUUCACUCCCUAAGCUCGGAGUGGGCGCAGACGGAGGGGGGAAAACCUGCGGGCGACGUCGACGGAGACAUUGAAAGUCUUGGCCAUGAGGAAAUUAUUGUGGUUGCUGGUGCUUCUGCUUCUCUGCGUGGCGGUGUUAAGGUCCCUCCUUCUUCAGCUGACGAAGAAUCCAUCGCAGAUCCUGUACCACUUGAACCAAACCGACCCAAACUCUACGGACACAACCCAAAGAAUGGCGAAUCCUGACGAACACAGAACUACCGAGGAAACCAUACGCACUACGGAACCCGGAGGAAACCACGAAAACUACACGACGUUGUUCAACGGACGUCUUGAACACCUGAAGUAUAUGUGCCGGGCGCGGCCACUCGCUGCGGACACACCCGAAAUGCCGUCUUUCAAAAGGGUUGUCGUGGAAAACGUGUUCGAAGCAUGUGUUCCUUAUAAGGUCGGGUCAAGUUCGUGGGAAAAUUGGAACAACUUUGUCGUAGUAGGUGAAAGACGGGAAUCUCCAGUGAACAUAAUUGUCGUAAGGAACCCAUUGUCCCGUCUUGAGUCUGCAUACAGGGACACAUUUCUCGGCGGCGGAGAGAUCUCCUGGUAUACGGACAGCUGGCGAAAAGUCACACUCAGUGAGGGCGCAUGGCUCGACCGAUGGGACAAGUACUGGCUCCCAGCUCUCGUAGCGCGCGGUUCCAUCCCUCCUACACCCUGGUUCUUGAAGAGGUUAAAGAGCAUGAGUGGUGUCAAAAGUUCUUCUCGACUCACUCUAACCACCGAGGACAUGCAGCGAAUCGUCAAUCACGAAUACAGGGAGAGGAUGAGUAAACUGAAGGAGACUUUCUCAAACGCUAGGUUCAAAUUUGAGGAGUUCCUGAGGUUCGUGUUGUGGUGUAACGAUCUAGGUAUUAGGGACUACCCUUGGGCGCCUAUUGCGUUAGUGUGUGAUCCCUGUAAACAGUCUUACGAUUAUGUAAUACACAUGGAGAGCAUGAAUGAGGAGGCGAAUCACUUGCUUAGCGUCUUAGGGUAUUCUAGUACAUAUGAAAUACCACACAUCCAUAAUACGAGGGACUUGUUCUUUGUACCGAAAUAUGGGUACUACAAGUAUGUCUCUAAGGAGAUUAUGAGGAGAAUUCUUAAUAUAUAUAGCCUGGAUUUUGAACUCUUUGGUUAUGAGAGAUCGUUUUGAUGUUCUCGUCCGUGAAAGCCUCUGAACCAAUCUAUCUAUCUAUCUACUUAUUUCUGUAUUUAUCCAUGUCUAUCGACUC